AGUUAUUUGUAUCAGUUACUAGAAGCUAUAUUGUAUUGUCACAAGCGCAGAAUACUUCACAGAGAUUUGAAACCUCAAAACUUGUUAAUUGAUCAAAAAGGGAUCAUAAAAAUUGCUGACUUUGGACUUGCCAGAGCUUUUGGUGUUCCUGUGCGUGUUUAUACUCAUGAAGUGGUGACUCUGUGGUAUCGAGCUCCAGAAGUGCUUUUAGGGUCGCCUAGAUACUCAACGCCUGUGGACAUUUGGAGCAUUGGUUGUAUAUUUGCUGAAAUGGCCAACAGAACUCCCUUGUUCCGUGGAGACUCUGAAAUUGAUCAGCUGUUCAGAAUUUUUAG